CAUCAUGACGGAAAGAUGGGCGGAUCCUGCUCGCUCGCUCGCAGUCUUGUUGUCAGACAGUCUGUGCAGCAGCCGCCGCUCGUCGGGUCAGUAACAGUCGGAGGAGAGUCCAACGUUUUCCUGACUGAACCAGGAGUCUUGGAAGUAGCCAUGGCGUCAGGCCUGUCCGGUGUCGUUGUGUUGGUUUUAUGUGUGACCUUGGCUCCCUGUGUGUCUGCGGGCAGUAAGAACUGUCAGUCCUACACAGAUAUAACCGGCGAGUACCACUCAUCUAAGUCAUGCUGGAUUGGAUUUUGCUGUGGUACCUGCAGCAACAGAUACUGCUGUCAAGAUACUUUUAUGCGUCUUUCAGAGGAUCAACAAGAGGACUGUGAAGUUUUUAACUUUCACUCACCAAUGCCCAUGAUCCUCGGUAUCAGUGGCUUUGCCGCCAUUUUGCUCAUCUUCAUCUGCUGCUGUGUCUGUCCCUGCUGCUGCCUGUACAAGAUGUGCCGCAAGCCGAGACCUGUGAUAGCUACCACCACCCACACCACAGUGGUCACCAACGCUCCUCAGCAGUACCCCCAACAGCCAACUGCAGUACCUGGACCGCCUCAUUCCUACCAGGGCUCCCAGUAUCCGCAGUACCAGCCAGUACCCGUCCAGCCGGGUUACGGAGCCCAGCCCAUGCUCCAGGGCUACGGAGCUCAGCCCAUGGCACCAUCACCCUACCAGGGACAACCUUUCACACCAGGACCCCCACCAACAUAUCAGGAAGCCACCGGUCCUUACCCUCCUGAGCCAAUGCCUUACAGCCAGGCCGCAUACGCCCCCGGACAGCCAUUGUACCCUCCGCAGCCUCCCGUCCAGCCACAGCCCAACGCUCCACCCGCACGUCCAGACUACCUAGCCCAGCCAGCAUACAACCCAGAUUUUGUUGCACCGCCACCCAAGACUGGAUAAUGGACCACAGUACUAUACUCUCAGUCACUUUAAAUGUACUGCAACAUUUUCAAAUUAGGCAGAACUGAAAAGGUGUAAUUUGAACCAAGAUGAGAAUUUAUUUCUGAGCGUAUCGAUUGUCGUGUGUUUUUGGAGGUCAAAUAUGAGAAACAUUUGUAAUUGUUGUAGUGCAUCUGUUCUGUUGACGAGUUGCCAGGUGAAAAUGUUGAUUGGCUCUCAUUGCAUGGACUUACAGCAUACAACUGGUGAGAUUGUUUAUUUUUUGUUUGUUUUUGUUUGUUUUUUAUUUCCUAGUGGCUCCAUCUUAGUCAUCUUGGUAAAUUACACACAAAACCACUGAGUCUGAUUUUAAAGAGUAAUGGUAUUAAUGUUUUGAUAUUUUCCAGCCUUCUGAAAAUGCCUCAACAAUGCCUCCCUCCUAGUCACUGUCUAUAUUGUGCACUGGCCGAACUUGCCUGACCCACCUGAUUGUAGUCAGUGGUCAAACUUUGGAGGAGUUUUUGAUGGUGGCAGCCUUUGUUGCUUUCAGACCGAUAAAGUGCUUUGAACCAUUUUUCAUUUACUUUCUCAUGUUCCUUAGUCGCUGGUGUUUCGGAAGGCAGUUAUUGCUUUUUAUGUUACCUGGGAAGUCCAAAAUGUGUAAUCAUUCACACAUAAGGAUUCAUGAUUACGUCCGUGAAAUACAUGCCACCGUCAGUUGACUACUGAUAAGCAGAGGGCAACGCCCGUGCCACACUGCCUGCCUCUACUUGUGCAUGACGGCUCCCUCGCUUCACGUGGUGCAGUACACAGUCAGACUUAAAACAUGUUUUUAUUUUUACUGAAAUGUGACAUUCAGAUGUGGUAAAUCUAGACAGAAUUGUAAUGUUGCUCAUCUGAUGUCAACAUGGCUAGCAGCAGAUUGCUUUUCCUGUCAGUUUCUUUUUCCCCACAUGCAAAUAAGGUCA